AUGACGAAAGUAAAACACCCGAAACUCCAAAAUCCGAUCGAGAAACAGUUCAAUAACGUCUCCAGAUAUCACUACUAUUUAUACUUUUUAAUAUUCUCAAGUAAAAUUCCUACUUUUUGGCAUGUACUGAAUCUGAUCUUCUUGUCGCCACCUAUAGAUUACUACUGCAAUGUCACUGAUGACGCAGCGAAUUCUACAAAGAAUAUUUGCCCAUGUGAUGAACCAGUUUGGGAUAAAAGUGUGUUUUCGGAGACCAUGCAGACUAAAUUUGGGUUAUACUGCGAGAGUCUUUGGCUUGUCAGCUUUGCUCAGAGUAUGAUGUUUGUGGGAUUGUUGAUUGGAUCAUUGGUGUUUGGACUAUUGUCUGACAGAUACGGCAGGUUGUCCAUGUUCAGCAUGAGUUGUCUAAUUACAGCAGUGUCUGGUUGCCUGGUCAGUGCGAUGCCCACGGCUGCAGCCUUCACUUUUAUGAGGCAUAUAGAAGGCAUUGGUACAGGUGGUGCUAUCAUAACUUCUUACGUACUUUGCAUAGAGUACACAGGAGUUAGACACAGAGAAGUGAUCACAGCUCUAUUUCACCUACCAUUGAACAUCAGCCAUAUGACGCUACCAGGUAUAUCGUACUUGUUGAGGCAUUGUGAUGAGUUCCAGCUCGCUCUCUCUAUACCUUUGUUGUUCUACGUGGGCAUGCGGUGGAUGGUGUUGGAGUCACCGAAGUGGUUGAUGGAUAGCGAUCGUAUUGAUGACACUGUUAUUGCUAUGGAGAAAUUGGCGUCUUACGCCGGACUUCCAAUAGAAAAUAUUAGAAACCAAAUAGAAGAAUACUCCGCCCACCAUUCCACCAAGUCUCGAAGGAGGAUCAAAAUCUGGCAUAUAUUCCGUCACAAGAAACUUGCUUUAAACUUUUUAUAUAUGUCAAUCAUUUAUUUUUUAUGUGGCAUGGGUUACUAUGGCGUGACCCAGUAUAUUAGCAAAAUGAGUGGCAACAUCCACAUCAAUGUUGCUAUAUCUGGGCUAUUACUAGUACCUGGUACUAUAGCUGCUAUAUUUUUACUUCAAAUAUUGAAUAGAAGAACGUUUUUAAUGACUACUAUCUUUCUAUCAAGUUUAUUUAUGAUUUUCAAUGUUUGUAUUCCUAUGUACUACAAAUGGAUGAGGGUCGUCAUCGCUUGUAUUUGUAAUUGUUUCUUUUUCAUGUCUUUCAUUAUUGUUUUCCUUUUUGGAGUCGAAUUGUUUCCCACUUCUGUUAGGAACUCCGUUUUGGGUAUAUUGUCAGUUUUGGCAAGAUUAGGUCAAAUCGUUGCGCCGUAUAUUAACGCAUUAUCAGAAAACGCAUCGGGUAUUGUUUUUGGUGUACUAGCGUUAUCUGGAACGCUGGUUUGUUAUUUGCUGCCAGAAACAAAAGAUACUGAACUUCCCUCAUCACUAGAUGAUAUGAAGGCAUUAAGCCGAAAAAAAAUACACCUAGAAGAAGAUGUUGAGGUGAAUCAGAAUGUUACUACAUCGAGUAUAGUACAAUGAAAAAAGUUAUGAUAUAGUAAUGUAGGUACUUACAGAAUCAUGCGAUGAAUUAUUUAUCAAAAAUAUUAAACAGAAAACCUUUUUUCUACCAUAAUAUAAUAUACCUAAUACUUAUACAAUAAAAGUUAA